UUUGGUGCAGCAAGGAGAUGUUUAUCAGGGGCUAAUCCCGAUAUGGCGGGCGGUGUGCUGGCUUGGAUCAAGCCGGGUGGACCAUUUGAUCACCCGCGAUGCGUCCAGCAGGUCUGAAGAACCCCAGCUUCUCUCCCACAACACAACGCUCCUCACCAUUCCCUGCUACCUAACCACGCCCUCAGAUCCGGGCGCCAGCUGGCUCACACUUCAAGCAACAUAAAAAAGCGACGGCAGCUCCUCGAAAACUUCAUUUACCCCACAACUGUGCCCUCGCGCACAUCAACACUACGACUUCACCCCCAUCGCACACCCCGACACGAGGUUAUGUGAGGACCGGGGCAGAUACAAGCAAGACUGGGUACGAAUAUCAUUACAUGCGUGAUGAGCAUUGAAAUGGAGCAAGCAGUGGAUGCUAUACUGCAGGUUGCCCGUGAAGAGGGCUCCCUAACGGAGUUGAGUGAUGUUGAGAUCGACGGUGACGGCUCUAGUAGCUUGAGUGAGAUUGAAGAUAAAGACGGCGAUCAGGAUGAGGAUGCAGAGGGAUCAGACGAACUCAGCAUGAUUUCUGAUGACGAGAACGAUUCUGAGGCAGAGACUGAACGGCUCGAAGAGUCUCCAAACAAAUUUCGACAACAGGAUCUCGUCAUGAGCUCGCACGGCAACAAUCAGACCUACGAACAUAGCCCGAGUAAACUACAUAAACAAAUAGCACCCGUUGAUCUGGAAGACGACGACGAUGACGACCCAUUGUCCUCCGAUGACAUCUCCCUGAACGAUCCCGAUUCUCCAAAAAGCUCAGAGCGUGGGGAGCCCGAGCCAGAAACCACAACAGCGGCAACCUCUUUAGGAGACUCUUCUGGCGAGGGCAAGAAUGUGCUAUCAGUCGCAGACGCGGACACAAGAAAGCGCAAACGUUCGAUAAUGGCGGGGGGCGCGGUUGACGAUGACCUCGAAGAGCCUUUGCGCAAGCGCACUGGGUCUGUGAUGACCCCCGGCGACGAUUAUGCGAUUGAAGACGAUGUUGAUCCGGACGAGGAUGGAGACCUUUCGAAUCCGAUCAGCGGUAAUGUUUCUGGAGACGAGGGAGGGGCAGUGCAGGAGGAUGAAAUCGCCGAGGGAGGCGAAGAAGCUGUCGCAGCUGAGGAGAACAGUACUGAGGUCCCAGAUAUUCCAAUUUCUCCAAAGAAGCGAGGCCGGAAGAAGAAAAGGGCUGCAGAGAAUGGCGUCGGGGGACACGAGGAUGCGGAUGGCGAUGUUGCUGUCAAUGGGGAUCAUGAAGUCAGGAAUGGCGAUGAAGAGGCAGAUGCCGAGGGUGAUGACGAGGCAGAGGCUGCCAUGAGAAAUGAGGAAGAGCUUGAGAAAAAGCGAAUUGCAUUGGAUCAGUUGGCCACCAUAGAACGUCAAUUCGCUACUUUCCGAGACAGACUCUACGAUGAAAGGUUGGCGCAAUUGAAUCGAGAAGAAGAGAUGCUUCGACAAGAUAACCCUACCCAUCCCGGCUACCUAGCGAUGAUGAAAAGCAUCACUGCUCGUCGUGACGAACGCAUACGAAUCGCAGAUAAGCUGAGAGAAUACGAACUUGAGAAUCUUAAGAUUCAGUCAGUAGCGAAGAGGAGUCAAGUUCUAGUCCAAUACCAACAAGAAGUCCGCGAGAUUCGGGAAAAGAAGCUCGAGCAGCUGGGGCAGAAAUGGUACGAAAUACAGCACGAUAGAAGAAAUCAUGCCGGCAGUGUUCCAGAUUAUUCUCUGAAGUUCCAGACAAGGAGAUCACAACAGAUCACAAACCAAACGGCAUACAACACCGAAGUGUCCAUUCUGUCCGGGGUGGCCAAGUAUGUUGGAUUCCCUGCAGCUCCACCCAUGGCAUCAGCGACUACAGCGGAACUGGAAGAGGAUUUUGAGAAGAUGGGCCGAACAAAACAAGUCCUGCAGGUCCAGCCAGCCAUUCCACUUCACGAACUGGCUGCCUUGCGCAAUGUCAGUUCGUCUUCACGGUUCAAACCAGCAGAGGAGCAGUUUAUGAAGGAAACUCCCUGGGCAAAUCCUCAGCAUCCGUCACAUGGUCAUCUCUUCCAAAGACAACCCUCUGCUCAGCGAACGCCGAGAACUGCAAGCCCCUUUUCUCAAGUCCAGGUUCAGCCUCGACGAAAUUCGCAUCAACAUGGCUCCGGGUUGCCCAUCUCGGGUACGUUUUCUAAUUCCUCAUCUUUACUGCAUCAAUCGAACGGCCUGUCUGGGGGCCGCAUCUCUCCACACAAUCCGUUCGGAAACUCCAACCACACUCAUACCAUAGCCCCAUCUCCGUUAGGUAGCCGGCAAACAUCAUUAUCCCCUCAACACAACCGGCAUCCACCAGCAUUGCCAAACCAACAACAUGGCCAACCUCAACCCCAACCCCUAUCUCAACCGCUGGACGCUCCCAAGAGUAAUGUAAAUCAACAGUCUCCGGUUGAGCCAUCUGAUGUUCCUCGAGAUCUUCCACAUGAAGUAAGACGUGAGCAAGCAGCUGCAAUGACGAGUCGCUUUUAACCCAGUUUAUACGAUUAUGACGGCGCACAUACGGUGGAGGCGUUAUGAGUUCGGGCAUUUACACCAGGGGGAGUUUUGGAUGAUGCAGGUUUGGUCUUGUCUUGUAUAGACGGACGGGAUGAUGGGUUCAUAGGCGCAGACGUUAUAUUCCCUGGCGUAUGUACUUGUAAUGUAGAACUACAAUCGAUGGUUCACUCUGAUAUCAAGCUCCCUUGGGACCGAACGCCACCCAUGCAGAUCGUAUUAUACACUGCGCCAAAUCCUUCCAGAUCCUCUAAGUUACCCACCCCACAAGUCGCCUGCACCAGUCCUUACUUCCCAGCAGCCGCUAUCGUACUGGCUCCUGGUUUGGUUGAUGGUACAGGAGCAUCUGGAACUUUCACAUCCUCAAAAUCAUCUUGAGAAACCGCUCGGAUCGUAAAUGAAUCUGCCAAACACCAAUCAGUCCUGAAUUCAAGUAGCACACGUCCAAUUCAACUACUAACAGACGAAGCCGCAGAAGCCAAACAAGGCCAGACCGGUCAGCGCAUUCUUGAUGAGAUAAGGUCUUCUGGCUCGGAUCAGGGCGGCAGAUUGUUUAUAGUGCUUGUCGUAGUAUGACGAUCGCGGUAAUCUACAGGUGCGUUAGUGAAUAUAACCAGACAAUAAUUGUUCACAACGUGACCUACACUGCCAUCUUGAACUCUGGGUGAAGCUGAAGCAAUUCCCUUGUCU